AUGGACUUUGACUUGAGGCCUUGAAGCUGAAACUAGUGUGAACUUUGACACAGCUAUCCCACUAAGCCGUUCGAGUCAAGAUGGCGGCGCCCAUGUAUUUCUCCGUUGUUGUUACCGUUACUAUCGUCAAAUUACUCCUCAUCCCCAGCUACCGUUCUACAGACUUUGAGGUGCACAGGAACUGGUUAGCCAUCACACACAGUCGGCCUGUGUCCCAGUGGUACUAUGAGGACACCUCAGAAUGGACCCUAGACUACCCUCCCAUGUUCGCCUGGUUCGAGUUCCUCCUGUCUCGUAUAGCCAAGUUGUUCGACCCUGCCAUGCUGGAGGUCACCAACCUGAACUACGCCAGCUUUGCUACCGUCCUGUUCCAGCGUCUGUCUGUCAUCGUUUCAGACUUUGUGCUGGUGUACGCUGUGUACGAGUGUUGCCAGUGUGUACAGGUGUUAUGUUGUUUCAGGUGUUGCCAGUGUGUACAGCUGGUGGGUAAGAAGAAGUCCCCCCAUCUCCUGUCCCAGCCAAUGUUUGUUCUUGCUGUGCUGCUGCUGUGGAACUUUGGACUGCUCAUUGUGGACCACAUCCAUUUUCAGUACAACGGUUUCCUGACUGGACUCAAGCUGUUGUCAAUUGCCAGGAUUCUGCAGAGGAGACAUCUUGAAGGAGCUUUCUGGUUCUCCUUGCUGCUGAACUUCAAGCACAUCUACCUGUACAUCGCACCUGCAUACUUCAUCUUCCUGUUGAGAUCAUACUGUUUCACAAGGUCAAAUAGAGACGGGCGUGUCCAGUGGACCAGUCUAUCUCUGAUGAACCUGUUUGGCCUGGGGGUGGUUGUACUGGAGGUCUUCGCCAUCUCAUUUGGACCCUUCAUUGCAAUGGGCCAGCUGGGCCAGGUUCUAUCCCGACUGUUCCCCGUGAAGAGAGGACUGGUCCAUGCAUACUGGGCACCCAACUUCUGGGCUCUGUAUAACAUCGCUGACAAGGCUGCUACUGCAGUAGCUGUUCGUGCGAAGCUCCUGUCUGCAGAUGACAUCACAAAGGCCACCAUGACAGGGGGGCUAGUACAGGAGUAUACCCACAAUGCACUGCCCACCAUCACGCCGCUGGUCACGGUCAUCCUCACACUGGCAGCCAUGAUGCCUGCUCUGGUGCACCUGUGGAGACGGCCGUGCACCCCGAGGGACUUCCUCCGCUGCCUUGUCCUCUGUGCUUUCUCCUCCUUCCUCUUCGGGUACCACGUACAUGAGAAGGCCAUCAUCCUCAUCAUCAUUCCUCUCAGCUUGCUGGCAGUAGAGAGUCGACAGGACGGGCAGGUGUUCCUCCUCCUCAGCACCUGCGGACACCUGUCUCUCUUCCCACUCCUCUUCACACAGGCAGAAACCCCCAGUAAAGUGUGCCUGAUGCUGAUGUUCUCACUGUUUGCCUUCAUGUCCUUGGGGGUUCUCCAUAGUUCCAGUAAGAAACGGCCGUACUGUCUCCCGCUGCUGUCCCCACUGGAAACGGCAUACACCGUGGGACUGGUGUUCCUCCAGCUGUACUGCAGCCUGGGCCAUCACACCCUAGGUCUCACCACCCGCCUGCCGUUCCUCCCACUCAUGCUCACAUCAGUCUACUGUGCUGUGGGGGUUAUGUGGUCUUGGCUGAAAUUUUACCUCAUAACUUUGACUGACAUGCAGCAUUUAAAACAGUCUUAGGGUGGUUUAUAUUUCAUUCCCUUGCUUGCAAUAAAUUUUAUUAACAAAAGUUUGUGAGAAUUUGAUUUUGCAGUAAGGAGGCAUUUGCAGUGUUGCAAUGAAACAUUCCGAAAACUACCAAUAGGAGCUCAGGUUUUUUAUCACUAUGAAAACCAGUCCAAUAGGAGCUCAGGAUUCUCUGUCACUAUGGAAACCAGUCAUCACAGCCUCCAACACUAUGGUAACAGACAGUUCUUAGUCUGUCAAAAAUUGGACCAUGUUAGCACAUAAUAUUAUGCACGUAUCAAUAGGAGUAAGAUGUUGCUAAUUCUUCUGAAUUAGAGAUGUUGGCCAUCAAGCUUCUAGGGGCCUGACUAGUAGAAGGGUUGCUAAAAGUGUGAUGAAUUCAGGCUAGUGUAACAAAGGCUGAUAGAAACAAUUUUACAGAUAAGAUGCAUAGAGAUAAUGAUGACUUGUAGCUGAAAAAUGCAGGUACAUUUGAAAGAGGGUGGCCAU